CGCUUUAAUUUAUUCUCUCUCUCUCUCUCUCUGUCCCUAUAAAGACCAAACCCCCACCGGUCUCUAUAAAUAUCUGUUUGCAGUUGUUUGAAGCCAUAUAUCUUGUUUUCUUAAUUACAGCAGUACUGCAUGCACACAUAAUAAUGGCUCUGAAGCUUUCAUCUCCAUGCAACUGUAGUAGUUUCUCAGAAUCGGAGAUGGACGUAGCCCGGCAACUGAUUCAGCUUUGCAGAGACGACGAUGAUAUUAUCUUUGAUAAUGAAGGCAACAGAGAAAAACGGAAAAGAAAACAGAUUAAAUGUGAAGAAGAUGAUGCAUCCCCUGAACCUUCUACUACUUCUUCUUCUGCUUCUUCUUCUUCUUCUUCUCCUUUGAAGCAGAGAAAGAAGAGAUUUCGGUCGAUUCAUUUCAUCUACAGGUCAACCAAGCCUUAAUCGUUUUCAGAUUAGGUGCAGUUUGAUUUCAUUAGGGUUUUCUUUAUUAUUACUUUGUUCGGUAAGUUGUUUGUACAGUUCUUGCCAACUGAACUUUAUCCAACUAUAUAUAUAUAAAGAGGAUAAUGCUUA